UGCUUGUCAAGUGGACGUAUGUAAUUGAAACGUCAUACGAAAAUAGCAUCAAUCAAAAAUGAAAGUUAUUUUUAAUAUUUCCUUUACAAAAUUGUUCUGAAUUAUUUUAUUGCAUGGGAAAAUAUGGAGAAACCUAUAUCAAAUGAGGAGUACGACUUUAUGAAAUAUUUUCUGCGUUGUGGACGCCGUGUCUAUAUUUAGAAGCACAGUUUACAUAAAUUAUGAUUUUACUAAAGCAAACAGUAAAAUUUUCUCGAAUAGAAAACAAGGACUGUGACAGUGUGGGGUGUGGCUGUGGAGGAUGGUGCACCUCGAAAUGAUGGGAGUACCCAACAACACACUCACCAUAAAUGACCUGCCCAACGAAAUACUUAUUUACAUAUUUUCUAUGAUAGAUUUUGAGUCUCUGUUAGCAGUGGCUAAAGUGUGUAUGCGGUGGCAGCAGCUCUGCCUGACUCCAUGCGUGUGGGACAACACACGGCUCAUAGUCUGCAUGAAGAACUAUGUCAGGAUCAGCGAGAACAUUGUGCCUUUUGUCGCUAGGUAUUUAAAGAAUGUCAAGUUACAGUAUUUCAAAUUGUAUUCUCAAGUCAGGGCUUCCUUGAUAAGCUAUUGUCCUAAUUUGACUCAUUUAGAAAUAAGUAUAUCUCAAGUGGACAGCUGUAUUUUUGAUGAUCUUUGUCACUGGCCUAAUUUGAGAUUUCUUAGUUUUCGCAAUUCUCUUAUAGUACAAAAUCCAGAGAAUGCCAAUGGAAAUUUUGUGUACCAUUUGCCUUUUGAAAAAUUAAAAUACCUUGAGACACUUAUCUUGUCAAACUUUGCAUUAACACAAAAUAGUUUGUACAGCAUGUUGCAGUGUACCCACCUCGUUAGUAUAAAUAUGGAGAAAAUGAAGAACAUCCCCGCUGACUUUCUGGAGUCUUUGUUGAGAACUAAACAGUCCUCCUUGAGAGCAUUGCACAUCUAUGGGGACACAUUGAACGAUGACAUUGUGCACUACAUAUCCAACUGCAGGUUGUUGCAAGUACUGCACAUCAUGACAUGCAAAACUUUAUUUGACUCUAGUUUAAGGCAUUUGUAUAGACUCAAAAAUUUAGAAUCACUGAAGUUGCGUCAUGGAUAUUUUUCAACUUCUGCUUUGCUUGCAUAUUUCUCCAACAACACGUUUCACCAUCUGACCUACUUAAGCCUCUCAAGGUGUCUGCAUGUAUCUAUGCAGGUCGCUAAAGUCAUCAAAACCAGUGCACCCAAUCUCAAGGAACUGUCAUUCUACCUCUGCCCAUUUAUCAUUGCCCCAGACUUUAACAGGUCAGAGUUAGAGAAACUGUUCAAUAUACAGCUGUUGCUUGAUUGAAGCAAUAGGUUGUUAGUAUUAUAUUACAAUCGAAGGCAUCUUAGGUAUCCGUCCACCACUUUACAUGCAUUAUUUAAUGUUCAUUUCAUUUAUAUUCUGACAUACAAUGUCAUUCAAAGCAAGGAUAUAUGUGACAGAGUAAAGUUGCAUGGGAAAGCUGAUAAACUCCCAAAUAUAUGUGAAUUAUAGUUUUCAUACAAGCUCAACUAGUCACUUUGAAUGGGAAAGUGGAAAUAUUUUUUAACUCUUUACUGCUUCCUUUUCAGACCCUCGUUCUAGAAAAACUUAUUAGAUAAAAGUAAGUAAAAUUAUGGUAUUUAAUUUAGAUGUGGCAUGUGUUGAUAAUCAGAAAUCACAUUUAUGAAUUAGGUGUUAGUUAAAUUUAGUAUUUAGGCUGCUUUAUGGUGGAUAUAUGUACCUAACUAAUAUGGUUUUAUUUAGAUAGCUACUACAGUAUUUGAAACUGAGGAAGUAUUAACUGUAUGACAAUAUUCUACAAAGUAGAUAAAAUUCUGUAUGUUAAUUGAAAAGAUACAUUAGUAAUGUUUGGAAGACAUUGUCAAUUACAUGAUGUGCCUUAUGAAAGUGAUAAACACUGGAGAGAAGCUGGUCUUCACUGAGUAGUGGCGAUGGUGACGGCAGCUAAGUAUUAUGUUUGUAUGCACUUUGCAGGACAAGUAACACAGGAUCAAUGUAUACAUGCAAUUUUAGCCAGGACUUCAUUUACCAUGUAAAUAGAUAAUGUAAUUUUAGUCUAGCAUAAUUUAAUUAUGAUUGGUUGGUUUAUUAUGAAUUUAUGAUUGUUACAAAACCAUCAAGCUUUGAAAAUUAACAAAAAAUAGUUCACAUUGUGCAGGUCAAUUAAAGCAUUAGGCAGUAGCUAUGGUUACAUAUUUACUGCCCCCAAUAUUUUGCACUCAAGAUUUGUUAUUCUUAUUGGAAAUAGGUUAAAUAAAUACAUUUGUGUUCAUUAUUUUUGUCUGUCAUCAAUAACUACAGAUUGGGAUCACUAGAACGUAGCUGAUAUGCAUAAACAAACAGGUCGCACUGCGGCUUCCGCGUGUGUUAAAUGAUUAUACAGGUAUGGCUAAUAUUAUAAUGGCACUCUUUAUAUUUAUACUUGUGUAUACAAUGUGAUUUUUAUAGAUUAUUAUUUUUAAUGUUUGUGCUGUUUUACUAUCAUACACAAUAAAUAGUAUUUUCAGCAUC